UUAUUUAUAAAUUUUUUAGGUAAUAGAUACAGUCAAAAAUUUGAAAGAUAAAGGUCGUGUAACAUGCAGUAUGAUGUUAUUUGGUCAUGGAGAUGGUGGUGGUGGUCCCACAGAAGAUAUGCUGGAACGACAACGUCGAUUAGAGGAUGUUGAUGGAAUACCUAAGGUUAAGCAUUCUACACCUGACUGCUUUUUUAGCCACGUGGAAAAAUAUGAUAUAUCAAAAUUAUGCCGUUGGGUUGGAGAAUUAUAUUUGGAGUUACAUAAUGCCACUUACACAACCCAGGCAAAAAUGAAACAGUUAAACAGAGAAUGUGAAUUUUUACUCCGUAAUGCAGAACUGUUUCACAGUAUUCUUUUGGCUGCAAGCAGAGAUGAAGAAAAGAAAGCCUAUCCUGAACUUGAAAUAGAACGUCUCUGGAAGAUAUUAUUAUUAAAUCAAUUUCAUGAUGUUCUCCCAGGAUCUUCUAUCGGUGAAGUGCAUAAGGAGGCUGCUUACUAUUUUGUUGAGGUCCAAAAAAGUGCUCGGAGCCUUGUUUCAACAGCAAUUCAUAAGUUAUUUGGUUUAACUCCUGGUACAAGUGAUGAAGAUGAGCUAGUUAUGGUAAAUGUAUUGUCUUGGCCUCGAACAGAACUUAUUCACGUACCUUGGCCUCAGGAUAAAGUGUCAAGACGUGUUUGGAUUGAAGGAAUUGGAAAGGCAAUGCAGUGUAUUAGGACUGAAUCUGGAGAAGGUACUCUUGUACCUGUUGUUGUUGGGCCUAUGGGAUAUCAGUUAUUGAGAGGAAUAUCAGCUACAAAAAUAUCUGUUUCUUUAGAACAAAGAAAAGAUGGUUGUUUUGUUAUACGAAAUCAAUAUAUUGAAGCAACUAUUGAUGAAAUGGGUUGUCUGUUAUCAUUAAUACUUCAAGGUUCCAGGAAGGAAGCAAUCUCUCCUGGAUGCCGAGGAAAUCAUUUUGUUUUAUUUGACGACAUUCCACUGUAUUGGGAUGCUUGGGAUGUUAUGGACUAUCACUUGGAAACUAGACGGUCUGCUGUGUCAGAGAUUACCAAGAGUGCUAAGAUUGUUGAAAAUGGACCUCUUAGAGCUUCAUUGAAAUUUAGAGUUAGAAUAGGAGAACAUAGCAAACUUAGCCAAAAGAUUACAAUUGAUGCUAUUCAUCCUUACAUUCAUUUUGAAACUCAUGUUAAUUGGCAAGAAAACCAUAAGUUUUUAAAAGUUGAACAAAAAGUUUCAAACAAGUGCACUUCCUUGAUACAUAAAUUAUCUUGUGAGAGAGAUGUUUUGCCACAAAAGUAGAUCAUAAAGAAACAUAUUCUCCGUUCUUCAUUCCUAACGAGUCAUGUGAUCCAUACCAAUAUAAGAUAGCAAUCCUUCAAUUUCUAGUUAGGAGUGUUUUCAUGCACUGUAAUCAACACAAGAUGUAAAUGAAGAAUUGAAAAUUAUUAUAUCUGUAGCCAUAUACCAUAGCUAUUCAGCAGCCCUCAUUAACAAACUCAUAUAUCAACAUUACCAGACUGGAAACCAGAUGCAAUGUAAAGACAAGUUUGUAGCUGUUACAUACAACAAAGCACUAGUUCACAUCUAUAGUAAAGUGCUCAGAGUGGCUUGAUAGAAGAAUCUCCAUAGUUUCUUUGUUAAUUAGGAAUGACAAGGAGCCUAUGGAAGAACCUUUUUCACCUGGAGUUACACCAUUCAACAUAUACUAAGGUAUGGACAACUUUGGAUUAAGGGCAUUGUAAUCAAUUAGAAUCAGAGAGCAUGAGUAAGCACCAGAGAAGCAUGAGACUUUCCAAUAUGGCGCUUGUGGUUAUAUGGAAGAUGAUAAAUGUCAAAUUUAACUGUGAUUGUUGUAUCAGACUGCAGAUCUCUCAGCACUAAAGUAUUUAGAAGGUUUAGAAAUAUACAAGGCAAGAACUGGAAGG